AUGAAUCUUUAUAUGUCGUUGCUGUGGGCUUCAUGCCUUACUUCCACUGUCUUUUCGAGAAAGUCACCCUUUAAUCACGGGGUUAUUAUUGAAUACGAGGAUUGGGCGCCCGAGGACAACAAUGCUCUCCUCGAAGAUGUCAAAAACAAUAUCGGCAGCAAGGCUCAGGUUGAUGAAGUCGAAAUCAAGCCCCAUGUGGAGAUCUCCUCAUCGGUUUUCCGAGGAGUCUCUGCCAACGUCACGGGCUUGGGAAGUGACGUGACUGAAGAGCUGGUUCAAAGCACUAUCCAAAAUCUUAGAGUUGUGAAGAAAGUCUCACCGAUAAUUCUCUAUUACCCGGCGUCAACUAUUGCCAGCUCCGGUCCACUUCAAGCCCGCGGCGAAAUGCUCAGCAUGGAGCCAAGGGCGGCUGCUAUGCAGGAAGAGACUGGCUCGUUCUCGGUACAUAAGAUGACGGGCGUCGAUAAAGUCCACGCCGAAGGCGUCAAAGGCAAAGGAAUCACAAUUGCAAUCAUGGAUAGUGGGUUUGACUACAAGCAGGAUUCACUUGGUAACACUAUCGGCCCGGGAAGCAAAGCCAUCUAUGGGUAUGACUGGGUAGGUGAUGAUUAUCAGUUUGGAGGUACUCCUGUUGAGGAUGACGAUCCUUGGACCGAAUGCACUAUUCAUGGCACACAUGUCUUUGGGAUCGCAGGUGCAAAUCCUACGAGAUUUGGGGUGUCGGGCUCGGCCCCCGAAGCCUCGUUCGAACUUCACAGAGUGUUUGGAUGUCUUGGAGCAGUGGCAAGCGACAUAUUGAUUAAAGCCACCACCGCCAUAUACGAGAGAGGAGUCGAUGUCAUAACAGCUUCUAUUUCUGUUGGCUCCGGCAGCCAAUAUCCUUCCGAUCCGUGGUCAACUGUCGUACAACGCAUCAAUCAGAAUGGAACCUACUUCAUGGGUUCUGCCGGAAACUCAGGAUCCAGCUACUACUCUGGCGUCGCUCCUGCUUCAGGAAUCGACGUCACAGCAGUUGGUGCUGUCGUCAACACUGAGACCCCCUACUAUUACUGGAACGGCUCCUACACAUCUGGUGGUGUGACGAAUACAAACCUGACAUGGAUUCCUGGAAGCCGAGUUGCGUUCCCAGAGGAGUUCAGUCUCUGGACCGCGUCCUCUGAACUGACAGAUCCUUUGAAUUCCGCCUGUGCCUACCCUCCUGAUCUUGAGUUGCCAAAUUUCAAUACAACCGUAUUACUCGUCAACUGGGGCUACGAUGCAUCCCUAAUCUGCUCUGGCUCGGACGCAACCAAAUACCUGGCAUCUCUCGGGGCUAAAUACAUUCUUUUCUACAUUGCCGGGGAGGGAACCCCUAGCAGGAAUCCUUUGACUUUGGAAGUUGCAAGUCCGCGAACUGCCAGCAUAGAGGCAGUUGGGGUUUUGUCGGCAACGUCGGGAGAGGAACUGUUCUCAGCUCUACAAAAAGAUCCGAGCCUCAAAGCAUCCUUGGGAAGCCCUUCCAACCACAAAGACUCUCUUGAAGUUACCCCAAAUGGAGUUAGUGGUGGCCGGAUGGCAGAUUGGUCAAGCUGGGGUCCGACUAAUGACGGACGUACAUUCCCUACUUUCUCAGCACCAGGUGCUUCAUUUCUCUCUACUUUGCCCAAGAGGCUUGGAGGGUUUGGUGUACUUUCAGGAACCAGUAUGUCGACUCCGUAUGCAGCAGGUGUCGUAGGGCUUGUGAAGCAAGCGCACCCCGACUGGGACGCCUUGACGAUCCGAAAUGUUCUCGCCACUACUAGUAGACCAAUGCAGUACAACGACAACACAUCCACAGUAUACGACUUCCUUGCUCCUGUGUUCCAACAGGGAGGAGGUUUAAUUGAUGCUUAUCGAGCUGUGCGGACAGCUACCGUUGUCGACGUGCCAGGUCUUUCUUUUAACGACACAGCUCAUCAGCCCAAGUCUCUCUCUUUCAAGGUCAAGAACAUUGGAACUACAGCCCAAACUUACAAGCUCUCUCACAUCGGUGCUGCUUCCGGACUCGGAUUAUCAUCACGCGAUAGCUAUACUCUUUUGGACGACAGUGGACGCGAAGUAUCUCGCAGCCUUCAGGCUACAUACGCCGAAGUCGAGAUAACUCCGUUAGAAGUGACUAUUCCCCCCGGGCAGGAAUCAACCAUCACCGUCUCUAUCACCAAAGUGCCAGAUCUUGACAUCACGAGGCUCCCAUUCUACGGUGGAUACAUUGCUUUGAACUCCACCGACAGCAUUAACUCUGUCACCGUCCCUUACACCGGCAUCGCAACUUCGCUCUAUGACACUCCGAUCGACACGAGUGGCACUACACUGGCAUUCUACAAUGCCACCUCCGACAACGCCACAGCUCUCACAGCAUCCACAACAUUCAAUGUCACGUUCCUAGGUGUCGGCGUUCAGUGGCCGAACAACACUAUUUGGCCGGCUAUUAUCCCCGACGUCAAGUCCGCCCUCGUCUACUACGCGUACAAGUACGAUCUCUUGAAAGCGAACGGAGAUCUGUUCUUCCAGCUGUGGAUGUUUGAGGACCUGAACGUCCAACCUGGAUUCAACUUUUACCUAUGCCAGAUCAGGGCAUAUCUCUUCCCUUCCCCCUGUCGCACCCUUCGUGAUCUAGCAACUGCUGACCGCCCCCCGUGUCAUGUAUGCAGCGAUGGGACCGAUCCCUUCAUCCCUCCAGGAGAUUACCGUCUCAGUGUCAGUGUGCUGAAGAUCUACGGCAACAUGUCGAAGGAGGAAGACUGGGUCUCUACAAGCACCCUCCCCUUUACACUGAACUACAACCCCGAGAGCGUUAGUUUCCCGACCAACGCGACCAACGCGACCACCGCGACCAACGCGCCCAUCGCGACAUCCCUCUGA